AUGGAAUACAAAGACUUGCUAAGAGUGUCUGACUUUAUCGGGAGCACUUUAUUCAUAGAGAUCGAUGACGACAGAUCUCUCCAAGGAAUACUAGUCGCGGUCGACUGCCAGAUGAACUUAUUAUUAGACCACGUCCACGAGCAUACAAAGUCAAUUGGUUCAAGAACACUGGGGCUCGUCAGUGUCCCACAGUAUACCAUCAAAAAUAUCAAGAUAUCGCAAGCAAAGUUCAACGCUCUGGUGGAUUUCAAGAAAGAACUACAGCGGAACAUCGUAUAG